AUGGUGCAAGUGACUGACAAAAGCAAGAAAGGCAGCUUCGAGGGCAAGGCACCUGUACACAACUUGAGCAAAACAAAGAAGACCAAACUCAUUGUUGGCAAGUUGGGAUUAGGCCUCAUCCUCAUCCAGCAUGGACCCUACCUCCAAAUCAUCCAUCUCAUCAAGAAAGGAGCUGCAGCCAAGGAUAAAAAACUCCAGCCAGAAUACAUUUCAUUCACUAUUCAUUUCAGUACCAAGAAAACCAAGCAGGUAAAAGAUGAAGCUCCCACAAGCAACACUGAAAAUGAAGAUGUAGUUACAGAUAAGAAAUUGAAGUCUUAUAGAUAUCCACAGUCAACUGGGACUGCAAGGAGACCAGUGUCCAUCUCCACAGACUGGCACGGGUAUGAGAAGGAGGAUCAUACUAUCAGUGUAGGGAAAGACAUUCACUCUGACGUGAUGCUUCACAGAGAUCACAAGGACGUGAGAGCACCUUCUCCAUACUGGACAAUGAUGAAGCAAGCCAAUGAAAGAUCCUCCUCCUCCUCCUCCUCCUCCUCAGCCUCUUCAACCUCAGAUGCUUUCUGGCUGGAAGAAUGUGCCCAAACUGAAGAGGGCAAGGGCCAACCUGAUUAAACAAUGGUUGGCAAAUCUAAGACCAUCUGGGCAUUUCUCUUCAAAGUACCCAGUUUUUGUGUAUCAUCAUGUACAGGUUGCUAUUCUCAUAGAAAUGAGUGCAGAUUCUAUGACUGCAUCGUGAAACCUUGAUAUGUUUUUCAACUCAAAAUAGCAGUACCAUCUUUUAGAAAAUAUAGCAGAGGAAACGCAAUAUCAGAAUGAGUGGAUA